UUGGUGGUGGGUCACUGGGUCUAUUUAUUCCAGAAAACACACAGAUCUAUUACCAAAAAACCAAACCUUGCAUUUAAUUUAAGAUCAUCUCAAUCUCAAUUCUCAGAAACUUAACACCUAUUCUAUUUUUCAAUUCUCAUAUUUCAUAUAUUUUUUGUAAAUCUUAAACCAAUCGUUACAUCAAACUACAUACAUAGCACUUUUUUUUUAUAAUACAUAUACAUUUUUGCAUUUUGUUACCAUUUAUUCAUUAAUUAUUAUUCCCCUAGCUGAUGAAAUUCCAUUAAUCUAUACAAGUGAAGUUUGAUAUAUUGGUAAUACUAAAUAUAUAUUGAAUGGCAUCUUCAUCAUCUUCACAUCAUGUUCCUCAAAUUAAAUAUGAUGUAUUCAUUAGCUUUAGAGGCACAGACAUACGUCAUGGUUUUUUAGGCCAUUUGAGAAAAGAAUUGAGGCAAAAGCAAGUUGAUGCCUAUGUGGAUGAUAGACUUGAAGGAGGAGAAGAAAUAACACAAGCACUUGUUAAAGCCAUUGAAGGAUCACUUAUUUCUUUGAUAAUAUUUUCCAAGGACUAUGCUUCUUCAAAGUGGUGUUUGGAAGAGCUUGUUAAAAUUAUUCAAUGUAUGGCUAGAAAUAAACAAAUUGUCAUCCCUGUUUUCUAUAAUGUUAAUCCAACGGAUGUAAGGCACCAAAAAGGGACUUAUGCUGAUUCAUUUGCUAAACAUGAAAUAAAUAAUGUAAGCUUAGCUAAGGUGCAAAAUUGGAGAUCUGCUUUGACUAUUGCUUCUAAUCUUUCUGGAUUUCAUUCAUCAAAAUUUGGGGAUGAAGUUGAGCUUAUAGAAAAAAUUGUCAAAUAUUUGUCAUCCAAGUUGAAUGUUAUGUACCAAAGUGAGUUAACAGAUCUUGUUGGAAUUGAACAAAGGAUUGCAGAUUUAGAGUCACUGUUAUGCCUAGAUUCAACUGUAGAUGUUCUUGUCGUUGGCAUUUGGGGUAUGGGCGGUAUUGGCAAGACAACUCUUGCAGCUGCAGUGUAUAACCGUCUUUGUUUUGAAUAUGAAGGAUGUUGCUUUAUGGCAAAUAUUACAGAAGAAUCAGAGAAGCAUGGAAUGAUUUAUCUGAAGAAUAAAAUUCUCUCUAUAUUGCUAAAUGAAAAUCAUCUACAUAUCGGUACACCUAAUGGAGUUCCACCUUAUGUUAAAAGAAGGUUGGUUCGUAAAAAAGUUCUUCUUGUUCUUGAUGAUAUCAAUGAUUUAGAGCAUCUAGAGAAUUUAGUUGGAGGACUUGAUUGGUUUGGAUCCGGUAGCAGAAUCAUCGUAACAACCAGAGAUAAGCAAGUGCUUGGUAAAAGAGUCAAUUGUAUAUACGAGGCCAAGGCAUUGGAGUCUGAUGAUGCUAUUAAACUUUUCAUCACAAAUGCCUUCAAAAAUGGUUGUCUUGACAUGGAAUGGAUUGAGCUAUCAAGAAGGGUGAUUCAUUAUGCUAAUGGAAAUCCAUUAGUUUUGAAAGUUUUGGGUUCUUUUCUUUAUGAUAAAAGCAAACUAGAAUGGGAAAGUCAGUUGCAGAAACUUAAGAAGAUGCCUCAUGCAAAAAUUCAAAAUGUAUUGAGAUUGAGUUAUGAUAGACUCGAUCGAGAAGAGAAGAACAUAUUUUUAUAUAUUGCAUGUCUGUUGAAAGGAUAUGAAGUUCAACAAAUAAUAGCUUUGCUUGAUGCUUGUGGUUUCUCAACAAUUAUUGGGUUAAAAGUCCUUAAAGACAAAGCCCUUAUAAUUGAAGCCAAGGGCGCUGGAAAAUCAAUGGUUCUGAUGCAUGACUUGAUACAAGAAAUGGGCUGGGAGAUUGUUCGAGAAGAAUGUAUUGAAGACCCUGGAAAACGCAGCAGGUUAUGGGAUCCUAAUGAUGUUCAUCAAGUAUUGACAAAUAACACGGGAACUAAAGCCGUCAAAAGCAUAACUCUGAAUGUCUCGAAAUUUGAUGAGCUGCAGUUAAGUCCUCAAGUCUUCGGUAGGAUGCAGCAGUUAAAAUUUCUUAAAUUUACCCAACAUUAUGGCGACGAGAAAAUACUGUAUCUUCCUCAGGGUCUUGAAUCUUUGCCAAAUGACCUACUGCUUUUUCAAUGGGUUAGUUAUCCUUUGAAAUCCCUGCCUCAGUCUUUUUGUGCAGAAAAUCUUGUUGAGCUAAAGUUGACUUCAAGCCGAGUGGAAAAACUUUGGGAUGGAGUCCAGAAUAUUCAACAUUUAAAGAAAAUGGACCUCAGUUAUUCCAAAUAUCUGCUAGAGCUCCCUGAUUUUUCAAAGGCCUCAAAUCUUGAAGAAAUAGAACUCUAUGGCUGCAAAAGUUUGCUUAAUGUUCAUCCUUCAAUUUUACGUCUCAACAAGCUAGUGCGACUGAACCUAUUUUACUGCAAAGCACUUACCAGUCUUCGAAGUGAUACUCAUUUAAGAUCCCUUCGCGAUCUAUUCCUCGGUGGUUGCUCAAAACUCAAGGAGUUUUCAGUGACAUCUGAGAAUAUGAAAGACUUAACUUUAACUUCAACAGCUAUCAAUGAAUUGCCCUCAUCAAUUGGUAGUCUCAAAAAACUCGAAUCAUUGAGUCUUGAUUUCUGCAAAAGCCUAAUCAACCUUCCAAAUGAAAUUACCGACCUGAGAUCACUUCGAGCUCUUUACAUUCACGGUUGCACACAACUUGAUGCAUCAAAUCUUCAUAUCCUAAUUAGUGGUUUAGCUUCUUUAGAAACGUUAAAGCUGGAAGAAUGUCGUAACUUAUUCGAAAUUCCAGACAACAUCAGCUUCCUAUCAUCAUUGCGUGAGUUGUUACUAAAAGAAACUGAUAUUGAGAUAUUUCCUGCAAGCAUCAAGCAUCUUUCUAAGCUGGAAAAACUUGACAUAAAGGGCUGCAGGAGGCUUCAUUAUCUUCCAGAGCUUCCGCCAUCACUGAAAGAGUUUUAUGCCACUAAUUGUUCAUCUUUAGAGACUGUGAUGUUCAAUUGGAAUGCUGCUGAUCUACUACAACAUCAAGCAUAUAAGUUAUAUACACGAUUUGAAAAUUGUGUUAACUUGGAUGAACUUUCACUCAGGGCAAUUGAAGUAAAUGCUCAAGUAAACAUGAAGAAAUUGGUAUAUAAGAAUCUCUCAACAUUAGGAAGCAAAUUUCUUGAUGGUCCAGUUGAUGUGAUCUACCCCGGAAGUAAAGUUCCAGAGUGGUUUAUGCACAGAACAACACAGGCUUCAGUGACUGUUGAUUUCUCUUCCGCUCCAAAUUCCAAGUUUGUUGGUUUCAUCUUCUGCGUCAUUGCUGGUCAGCUCCCAUCGGACGAUAAAAACUUCAUUGGAUGUGACUGUUACCUGGAAACUGGUAAUGGCGAAAGGGUCGCUCUUGGGAACAUGGAUACAUGGACUAGUAUACAUUCCCCCGAGUUUUUUUCCGACCAUGUUUUUAUAUGGUAUGAUGAAAUGUGUUGUCUGCAAAACAGUGAACCCAAAAAGGAAAACGUGGAAGAACUCAUGGCCAAUUAUAAUCCAAAGGUUUCAUUUGAAUUCUUUGCUCAAAGUGGAAAUACUUGGGAAAAGAGAGAGAGUAGUAUGAUAAGAGGGUGUGGAGUGUGUCCAAUAUAUGAUACAGAAUAUUUUGAUUUCAUUAAACAAAUGGAAUUGGAGUUGGAAUUCACACUGCAAUCCAUUGCUAAUGAAAGGUUAGUUCAAUGCAGUGAUAAGAAAGAAACACUAGACCCAAAACAACCAUGCAAGAAAUUCUUUUCACACGUUCAAACUGGAAUUUGGAAGAGUGCAACACAAGGCUUGAAAGAUAUAUUGUUGUGAUUUUUUGUAAGCUGUAAAUCUAACAAAGAUAUAUAUGCAGGAUCCUCUCCUACAUGCAUCCAUCUCCAACAAGAAAAGAUGAGAGUGAAAGGAGAGAGAAUAUGAGGAGGUGAUUGGUGGUAUCAUUGAAGUAAAAGAAUAUGAGGAGGUGAUUGGUGGUAUCAUUGAAGUAAAAGACUAUGAUCGAUUAAUAUAACAUUAAUUUAUUUAUUUUUAUAAAUUUUGGAGAAUACAACUUGUAAGUUUAUAAAUUUAUUCAUUCAGCAUAUUUUGAAUGUUUGAUAGUUAAAUAACUUCUUCAUUUGUAUUGUUUCGAAUAUUCCAUAGUUAUAUACAACUAUGACAACGAGACUGCGCAAAUGUCAAGCUUUUGGGCGUAACUCUUGAUCCA